GGCAUAUAAAAGCGGCCGCCGCCGAGCGCCGCGCUCCGUGGUCCGCGCCGCGCGCCCCGUGCCCGGUUUCCGUCGCCGCCGCCGCAGCCCGCGCCCCCGCUCUGGUCUGUGGUGCAGCCGGGACCUAGCACCAUGUCGCUGUCGCGCUCGGAGGAGAUGCACCGGCUCACGGAGAAUGUCUACAAGACCAUCAUGGAGCAAUUCAACCCCAGCCUGCGGAACUUCAUCGCCAUGGGGAAGAACUACGAGAAGGCCCUGGCAGGUGUGACAUUCGCUGCCAAAGGCUACUUCGAUGCUCUGGUGAAGAUGGGAGAGCUGGCCAGCGAGAGUCAGGGCUCCAAGGAGCUGGGGGACGUUCUCUUUCAGAUGGCCGAGGUGCACCGGCAGAUCCAGAACCAGCUGGAGGAGAUGCUCAAGUCUUUCCACAACGAGCUGCUCACACAGCUGGAGCAGAAGGUGGAGCUGGACUCGAGGUACCUGAGCGCUGCACUGAAGAAAUACCAGACGGAGCAGAGGAGCCGCGGGGACGCGCUGGACAAGUGCCAGGCCGAGCUGAAGAAGCUACGCAAGAAGAGCCAGGGCAGCAAGAACCCGCAGAAGUACUCGGACAAGGAGCUGCAGUACAUCGACGCUAUCAGCAACAAGCAGGGCGAGCUGGAGAGCUACGUGUCCGAUGGCUACAAGACCGCACUCACUGAGGAGCGCCGGCGUUUCUGCUUCCUGGUGGAGAAGCAGUGUGCCGUGGCCAAGAACUCAGCCGCCUACCACUCCAAGGGAAAGGAGCUGCUGGCCCAGAAGCUCCCUCUUUGGCAGCAAGCCUGUGCCGACCCCAACAAGAUCCCAGAGCGCGCCGUGCAGCUGAUGCAGCAGAUGGCCGGCAGCAACGGCUCCGUGCUGCCCAGCGCCCUGUCGGCCUCCAAGUCCAACCUGGUCAUCUCGGACCCCAUCCCGGGGGCCAAGCCUUUGCCUGUGCCCCCCGAGCUGGCGCCCUUCGUGGGGCGGAUGUCAGCCCAGGAGAACGCACCUGUCCUGAACGGCGUCUCCAGCCCAGAGCGCGAGGACUACCUCCCCUGGGCUGACCGCAAGGCCGCCCAGCCCAAGUCCCUGUCCCCGCCACAGUCACAGGGCAAGCUCAGUGAUUCCUACUCCAACACACUCCCUGUGCGCAAGAGUGUCGCCCCCAGAAGCAGCUACGCCACCACUGAGAACAAGACCCUGCCCCGCUCCAGCUCCAUGGCCGCCGGCCUGGAGCGCAACGGCCGCACGCGGGUGAAGGCCAUCUUCUCCCACGCGGCCGGUGACAACAGCACGCUGCUGAGCUUCAAGGAAGGUGACCUCAUCACCCUGCUGGUGCCCGAGGCCCGCGAUGGCUGGCACUAUGGCGAGAGUGAGAAGACCAAGAUGCGGGGCUGGUUCCCCUUCUCUUACACGCGGGUCCUGGACAGCGAUGCCAGCGACAGGCUGCAUAUGAGCCUGCACCAAGGCAAGAGCAGCAGCACGGGCAACCUGCUGGACAAGGAGGACCUGGCCCUCCCGCCCCCCGACUACGGCACGUCUUCCCGGGCCUUCCCCGCCCAGCCAGCUGGCACCUUCAAGCAGAGGCCCUACAGUGUGGCUAUGCCAGCCUUCUCCCAGGGUCUGGAUGAGUACGGGGCGCGGUCCGUGAGCAGUGGCAGUGGCACGCUGGUGUCCACGGUGUGACGGCGGGCAGCUGCGGCACCGGGCUCCUCCGCCCCGCACGGUCUCCAGCGCUGUCCCCCUCCUCUCGUCGAUUUGUUCUUGGGGUGUUUCUUCUGCACCUGCCCCGCCCCCGCCUUUUGGUUGUUACCCCAGACUCUGUCCCAGGGUCCAUGGUGCUGCCGCCCGCACCCGGCGCCCCCGCACGCCAGGCCUCGGCCGCCUGCCAUCGCCACCCGUUCCCGAGGCGGGCCACGAGCUGGCCUUGGAUUUGAAGAAAAUAAACAAUUUCUCCCUCUCUUGCUCAAAAAAAAGGGGGAGGAAAAGGAUUUUUUUUUUCCUGAAAACACCAAGUCUGCAUGGCCCCCUGGUGUGUGUGAGCCUGCUUCUGACGCCGC